AUGGACAGUGGAAGCAGUUCUCCAGGCUCUGGGCCAAUAAUCCUCAGCCCGACGAGCAGCCCGUCCGGUCUCGACGAAGAGACAGCCAGACACCUGAGCUUGUUUGCUUCGGACGAUGGCGUAAAUGAUACCGAUGAUGGACCAUCUUCAAUCUUCCCCCGCGAUCUGGAGGCGGCGCCACUGUUCUCAAGCCAAGUCAAGCAGCGCCUCAAUGCGUCGUUUUCGACGAGCGACCAGGUCCCGGAACUCCCAGCAUACGGCCUCUUGGGACUCCGGACGGGUGCGUUCGACAAAUUGCAUGAUGCCAGGUUGUUGCCGCGGGACCUGUCGCUGCAGGAUAACCUGAUCUACGCCAACAUGCAACACCCCUGGUCGACCUUCAUCUGCGGCCAGCAAGGCGCCGGCAAGAGCCACACCAUGUCCUGUCUGCUCGAAAACGCCCUCAUCAGUGACAGCACCAUCGGCCGCAACCCGACACCCAUGUCCGGUUUGGUCUUCCACUAUGACAAGUUCACAUCUCACAGCGCCACCCAGGUCUGCGAAGCCGCCUAUCUCAGCUCUCGGGCCAUCAAAGUGCAAGUCCUUGUGUCGCCAUCGAACCUGCCGGCCAUGCAGAAGCUCUACCGCAAUUUGCCGAACUGGCCGAAAGGCGCCCCGAGGCCGGAGGUCAUCCCAUUCCUGUUCAGCGAGCAGCAGCUCAACGUCGCGAACCUCAAGGCCCUCAUGGCUGUGGACCCCGAUGACAAGAACCCACCGUUAUACAUGGCCAUCGUCAACAAAGUUCUCAAGCAGCUCUCGCUCACGGGAACCACGACGGGCGUCAACUACAGAGCGAUGAAGAAAGCGAUCCUCAAUGAAAGUCUGACGCCUGCGCAAAUGACCUUCCUCGACAUGCGCUAUAGCUUGACCGAAUGGUUUCUCAGAGAGACCGCACCGCAGUCCAUCAAGGAACGAGCCGGAAUGGUCGAGUUCAAGCCUCGAACAAUCUUGAUCGUCGACCUCAGCUGUUCCUUUAUCACCGAGUCCGACGCGUGUGUGCUGUUCUCUAUCUUCCUGCAGAUCUUCCUCGGCCGUCGCGACAGAAGCCCUUUGAUUAUCGCUCUAGACGAAGCCCACAAGUUCAUGACGGAAACCCCAGCCGCGCAAGCGUUCUCGGAGGAUCUGGUCCAGGUCAUCCGCCAGCAACGACACCUCGCCACGCGCGUGGUGAUUGCGACUCAGGAGCCGACCAUAUCGCCUAAGCUGCUCGACCUCUGUAACGUGGCCAUUGUGCACCAGUUUCAGUCUCCGGACUGGUACAAGGUGCUGGAGCGACACCUCGCGGCCUUGGCGCAGCCAAAGAGUGGAAGCGACAGCCAUGACAAAGUCUUCAAGACGAUUGUGAGAUUGGGUCGGGGAGAAGCUCUGGUGUUCUGCCCAAAGGCAUACUUCGAUGUCGACGGUAGCAGGGGCUGUCUCAACUUCAGACCGCUGGAAGACGGAUAUGCGAAGGUCAAGAUCCGAGGGAGGAUCACGGCGGAUGGUGGAAGGAGCAUUCUAGCAUCUGAUGCGAACCAGGGAGGGGAGUGA